UACCAGGUUGCACCUUUUCCCUGCUCACCCUUUGCGCCAUCGGCCAGCCCACCACACCUUGCGCCAUCUAGCUUAGACCGAUGCUUAUCGCUUUUCUCUCCCGCCUGCUGAGCAGGGGCUCGACUUUCCCACAGAAGACUAGCUCACGCGACCACGCUCCCGCAAAGACAAAUUCUACACCGGACGGCACUGUCCGCAGCAGCAACCAGAUAACAGGACCUCCACCCAGAGUAUCGCCGCCGCCUCCUCCCUCCCCUUCAUCUGCCCGACAACAACUCAUCCGCGCCUUCAAACAUGUCAGAAACUCAGUCAUCUUGAGCGGUGCCACCCGCAAGGAAGCAAUUGUGACUCAUCGUCAGGCAGACUCGGGCCGACCCUACGAGGCGACAGUAGACGAGAUCUUUCGCCAUCCUCUGAGCUCCUGCGGUCACGGCACGGGAGUUGCGCAUAAGCCCAUAGCCAGCAUCUCUGCCCCAAACACGCCGCCUCGAUCGGCUCGCAUCAAUCUCAAUGCCUCGAUGCGGCGAAGACCCUCGAAUCUAAGCUUGGGCGACGUAAAAGACAAGCUGCGCUCCUUUGCCAGACGCCCAGGCUCGCACUCAAUCCGCGACAGCGCCUUGGACGUCAAUGGCACGUAUGGAGCCCUGCACGUGUUGGAAGAGGCGAAUGCCACGGCAGAGGCACAGCGCGCGCCGCGUCCACUGUCGCCGAACGCUGAUGGGCCACCCACUUCGCCCGUCCAUUCGACAGAAGAGCUCAUCGAUUCAGUUGAUACUGCAACAUCGGCCCAAUCUCCGAGCGAGCGGGUGGAAGGAGGCCUGCACCCAAGCUCGUCGCAGACGUCUCUCUACGAGAGCAUUGGCAAUCGCCCGCUCAGCCUCAAAUCAGAAGGACUGCAGCGAUUCGAAAUCGACUACACUUACAUUGGCGGCGCUGGCGUGCUCCUCGACCACGUAAGCGUCAAUAUCAGCAAGGAAAACACGAUCUCGCAGCACGAAGGGCCGGGAAUCCGAUCGCAUCAUGCCUCGCCUCAGGUAGAGGAGACCUGGACAGCAACUUCUCCUUCGUCCCCGCAAGCCGACAUUCGAAGACCAUCUGGCGACAUUUGUCGCUGGCCGGAGAUCCCUUCUCCCUCCUUCUCCUUCUCUCAAGCCCAGUCAACGGCACCGCACUCGCCCCACACACCACGACGCUUUACGACGAGUGGCUUUCCCUUCCCCACCGAAAUGGAGCGCAUUUCUCUGCCGCCUGCCGGCGGGUCUCAAACGACGGUGUCACUUUCCAGCUAUCAGUGCGGCCCGUCCUGCUGGACUCCUUCACCUCCUCCGCCACCUCUGCCUCCUCUACCACCGUUCCUACCUUUUCCUUCCACUUCAGCUUCCGUCGCGAGUGCGAGCGCAAGUGCAAGUGCAGCUUCCUCUCCCUAUCCCUCACCGAUCGAUGCCAAGCCCCAGCGAGCGAAGCCUCCUCGCCCCACCACGCUUCCCCCUCCGACGCUCCUCCUGAUGAGCGACGUUUGGACGCGGGAGCGCCUUGCUCAUCAAGAGCGAGCAGCUACGGCUCGACAAUCUGGGAGCAGCAUUGGUCGUGUGAGGACGACGUCGCGGUCGCCCAGUCCUUCACCCACAUUGGCAUCGUGGACGAGGAGGUAUCAUGGUGGUAGUUCCAGUAGCCCAAACGCUGCCGGUGGCAGCAGCGGGAGCGGUGGAAGUGGGCCCUCAGGUGGUAGCCUGCUGAGCUCGAGAACAAUGAGAAAGUACAUGUCGAGAGAGGCGGGAUCCCCUGGGCAACUUACCACGCGCGGUCUCGCUGGAUUUGGGUGGGCAGCCAAUGAGGCUAGCCCGACCUCUCCUGGUUCUUCAUCAACAUCGUCGACGACGACGCUGAUGUGGCGUCGUGGGCCGAGUCCACGCCGGGAAGCAAGCGAUGGACCGCCUCGUCCCCCGCGACGCAGCCAAAGUGGGGACUUUAUGGGCCCGAAGAAGAAGGAGCGGGGCUCGUGGAACACGUACGGCGAGUUGGGGAAGGGAAAGGCACCCACAAGGGGCACAGCCGUCGGAACAUCGGCUGACACGUCGCGAUCAUCGAGUGGAGCGACGUUGACGGCCUCGCCAAGGAGACGAAGGCGCGCCACGGAUGGCGAAGUAGCUGGAGCUGUCGAUGCCCUUGCAAGCGACGACGCAAGGACCAAUCAGUUUAACCCCAGCGGCAAGGGCGUUGCAACGCCUUCCUCCCCUUCUUCAUCCCAGACCAUCAUCUCACCUCCAUCAUCUCCUCAGGUCCGCAACUCGAGCACGUCUUCUCUGGCUCCUCUCAUUCCACCAUCGACCAGAACUCCCGGUUCAAUGACAAUUCCGGCUACUUUGAUGCCUUCUCCCUCUUCCCUGUUCUCAACCCCACUCUCCCUAGGCGAGGUCGUCUCCCCUCUCGCACUGCCCCCGCCGAGCGACAGCAGCAACAUCGGCGAGAAUAGCACAUCUUUCGGACCUCUCUCCGCUAACACACCUGCGGCAGCCAUUGCGGCUCUCAAGAAUAAGAUGGGGCAUGUCGAGCAGCAGCGCAGACGGUCGAGACUGCCGCCAGACGAUGCCACGGGCGGAGUAGAUGACGGCCGGGUGGCAGUUAUCAGGGAGGCGGCCGAUUUCUAUUGCUGAGACGUCGCGAGAGGGGAAAAGCCUAACGAAUUGCAUCCGGGCGCAGGUCGCCUUGCUCCAAAUCACUUCGAUACACGCUGGCUCUUGC